CUCAGUUCCACCGCGCCCCUGCCGUUCACUCCUCCAUUUCUUUGAGCUCUGUCUUCUCUAAUCGGCUGCUCCAUUUCUGCUCUUCGCCUCAGAUUUUGAGAGGUCCACCUUCAGCAUAGUUGUAACAAUGUGUUUCUUAUGAACAUCCUUGUCAAACAUGAUGAAUUCCGGAAUAUCAAGAAUAAACUAUUGGGCUGUUUUUCAUUCUUUUGUAUUUUGGGCCUUUAUUUCCUAUAUUGGGCCUUAGUUCUCUUUAAGCAUAUAUCAUAUAUAUUCUGAACAGUGUAAUAGGUAGGGUUAACGAUUCACAUACUUACUUUUCUUCUUCCGCAUCCAAAGAGCUCUGCGUUCUUCAUACUGCCUUUCUUUCAUUCAGACCAAUUCUUCAAUUCUACUGUUAAUAUGGUAUCAGAUUAGGUUUUGAUCCUACAAUCGUCUUCGUUUUUUCAUUUCUUCAUCUCGAUUUCUAUAAUCGAUUUGUUUCUUCUCUGAAUCCUUCGAUUCAUAACCCUAGUUCUUCCUUCGCAAAACUUUAUUGCGAUGAAUUCGAAUGCUUCAUUCCCUUUAAAUCCUACUGAAGAUCCAUCUUCUCCUUAUUUCUUGCAUCCGAGCGAUCACGUUGGCUUACGUAUCAUCUCUGAAGUGCUUAAUGGUGAAAACUUCAAUGCCUGGAAGAAGUUUGUCACGAUGGCCUUUAGCGUCAAGAACAAGAUGGCAUUCAUUGAUGGCUCAAUCACUCAACCGACUCCAGAUAAUGCUGUUGCUUAUUCAGCCUGGUAUCGUAUCAAUGCUCUACUUCUUUCUUGGUUAAUUUACUCAAUUACUCCUGAGAUUCGCUCUACUUUCUAAUACUUUACCUCUGCUAAAGAUCUUUGGGAUGAAAUCCAGCUUAGGUAUAGUAAAAGUGAUGGUCCUCAAGUUUUCUACCUAGAAAAAACCCUAGGUAAUAUUUCUAAGGGUACUCAGACUGUUACAGCCUACUAUAAUGUGUUUAAAGGCCUUUGGGAUGAAUAUGUCAAUUUCAAAACACUUCCUUCUUGUUCUUGUGGUUUAUGCACCUGUAAAAUCAAUGAGAAAUAUCAAUUACUGCUUCAGAAAGAAUCUGUUCAAAAGUUUCUGGUUGGUCUAAAUGAUUCCUAUUCCAAUUUAAGGAGUCAAAUUCUUCUCCAAACACCUUUUCCUAGCCUUUCUAAUGUCUACUCUUUCUUUCUACAAGAAGAGUCUCAAAGAAAUCUUCAACAUCCACUCAAUUCUGUUCCAUUUCCUUCUAACAACAACACUCAUGAUCCUCCUAAUGCUGAUUCGGUUGCCUUCUUAGUCAAAAACUCUAACAACAAAAAGAAAUCUAUCAUUUGCAAUCAUUGUGGCUAUCAAGGACAUUAUGCUGAUAAAUGCUUUCAAGUCAUUGGAUAUCCUCCCAACUGGAAAGGACCAAAAGGGCUCAGAAUUGCUCCUGGCUUCAAACAGCCUACACAAUCUACACAUUCUACAAAGAAUACUCAUGCUCAUCUAGCCAAUACAACCAAUGAUUCCACCUCUACUGACUUAGAUCUCUGUGAUCCUACUCUGUAUAACAAAUUUCUUGAGUUCAUGAAAACUCAGAAUGAUAAAUCUGCUUCUGCUAAUGUUGUUAUGGCUGUCUCACCACAUGAUCACUCACCUGAUGCUUCUUUAUUUCUAGGUAAUCAUUCUGCUUUCUUAUCUACUGCUAAAUCUUCUACUUGGAUUCUUGACACUGGUGCUUCUGACCACAUGACUCACAAUUUCAGUUUAUAUACUUCUUCACCUAAACCUAUAUCUAUUAAUAUUCAAUUACCUACUGGUUCUUUCAUUAAUGCUACUCAUAUAGGUGAUAUCAAAAUCAAUAAUGAUUUUACUCUUCACAAUGUAUUAUAUGUUCCUCAGUUUAAUUUUAAUCUUAUAUCUAUAUCUAGUCUUGUUUCACAUGAGAAUAUUUAUGUUCACUUUACUUCUAAUCAUGCUACUUUGCAGGAUCUGCUCACCAACAAAAUGAUUGGCUAUGCUGAUCUUCAAAGUGGACUUUAUAUCUACAAUACUUCUAAACUUUUUCUUUCCAAUAAACUGUCUCUUGUUAAUUCUGCUAAUAUUCCGUCUUUAGACAAUAAAAAUGAUGUUUGGCACUAUAGACUAGGCCAUCUGCCUUUCAACAAACUAAAAUCUAUUGUUGAUUGUACUGCUCAUCCUCAUAUGAAUAAAAACAUUCUUUGUGAUAUAUGUCAUUUUGCUAAACAAAAACGUUUACCUUUUCCUGAUAAUACUUCUUAUGCUUCUCAUGCUUUUGAUCUUGUUCAUAUGGAUGUAUGGGGUCCUUUUAGAGUUCAAUCUUAUUCUGGUUUCAGAUAUUUUUUA